CAUUAUAUACUGUCAAAAAUAAUUUGACGUUGAGGUUUACGUCCAACCAGCUGUUUUUCAAGCUUUUUCAAGAAUUAAAUUAACGAGCAAGCAAGAUAAAUUUCUUUCGAGAUAUUCCAUAUUUCAUAAAUUGAAAUGGAUCUAUCUACGUUUUGAUAAUAUAAAUUUGUAAACUGCUGCAACCAUUUAUUUUGUGGAAAGUCAUAUUACUGUUAAGAUGUCAGAUGACGCUGAGCAGCAGGCUGAGGAGAUUGAGGUGCUGAAGUCCAUCUACGAAGGAGAUGACAACUUCAAGCAGUUAGAUGCCAAAACUUAUCAAUAUAAGUAUGCAGAUGGAGACAAAUCUUUCAUACUAGAAAUUUCGUGGGGGCCCACAUACCCUACAGAGAAACCUACAUUUAAUUUAGACAUAUUCUACAAUCAACAUUUAUUGCAAGCUGUUAAAGAGAAAAUCCUAUCAGUAGUCACAGACGAAGCAGAGCAAUGGUUGGGCUGUGCAAUGACAUACACACUGUUUGAAGCGCUCAAGGAGAAGGUUUCGGAGAUACUUGCCGAACAAACAGAGGAAGCUGUCGUUGUUGCCAAAGUUGACAAAAUAGUCAUCGAUGACCAGAACGAAUCAAAGAAACCGGAGAAGAAGGAGCAACUGACGAAGGCGCAGAAGCGGCGAGCGUGGGACAAGGCGGAGCUGGGCCGCGGGGGGGAGAAGCCCCGCGGCUGGGACUGGGUGGACAUCGUCAAACAUCUAUCGCAAGUGCCCCACCAGCCCGCCUCAUGACAUUGAACGAUUUGUUAUUGUUAGUACCACAUCAUUUUUGCAUUCUAAGGAGACUGUUAGGCCCCGACUCCAUUCUUUAUUUUCGAUUGUGUUAACAGAAAUUGGUGUGAAAUUAAUAUCUGACACCAGUGCUAGAUGCCUUUAGGAGACUGGAAUAAUUUCAAGUCCCCUAAAGGCAUCAAUCAAGGUGGCAAGUAAUUGCAUGCACGCUAGUGAGUUUAAAUUGUCAACCAGUACCCUAUGUACCUCACGAUGUUUUGCGUGCCGCUGCGUUGAUUUCCAUUUGGGUUCCAUUAUGUUUUGGACAUUGACGUGCGUCGAUGUACGUUGAAUUUCCAUACAAUUUCUGCGUUGUCGACGGACGACAAAUGGGAGGACGACGAAGCAAUCUGGUCUGGCCCUAAGAUAUUGUGUUUUUUAUCUAAAUCAAACUGCAUGAUCUGUAUUCUACAUAAUCACCUGCAAAUUUCAAAUACAAAAUUCUUUAAGGUACGGAUACACUAGGCAACAUUUGCCACGCAACAUAUCACUCUAUGUCACGCAUUACCAUUGACUCGAGUGAAAUAGCACAUAGUUGAUCUCACUCAUGCAAAUUGUAAUGAAAAGGUAAGAAGGAUAUAUUGCGCGUCAAAUGUUCCCUAGUGUAUUCGUGAUUUUAUUCAACUUAGGUUGAUAUACGUCAUUUAUUCAAGCCGUCGAAAAAGCGCAGUCAUUUCUGAACACGUAUGAACUUGAUACGAGUACGUAUGAGAGAUUUAGGUUUUCUAAAUUUUGUUUACACACUUUAGGGGCCUCUAUAGCCCUAAGGCUCCGUAUCAUUGAGAGCUUCAUUAUGCUCAAUCUAGAGAUCAGAAGAAAUGUCAUGGCAUGCUUUCCACUUUGACCUACUCGAACGACGUCCGCUUCUAAAAAUAUCCCCUUACUAUUACUCAAAACUUUUUUUCGCAAAAGACCACUUUUCCACACUCUCACAAAAUGACGCUUUCUCAAUAUAGCGAAUAAAAGUUCACGAGAAAUGUACAGUCUUACUACUGUACAUCAAGUCUUGGAACUUGAUGGUGAUAAUGAUUCUAAAAUAUUUUAUUUUUGAGUAGUUGACGUUUCGCAUAGAAGUCCACUUUGUUUCAACGCCUGAUGGCAAUAAGCUGUGUUAAAAUGCAAUAUUUUUGUGUUCAUAGUGUUCUCAAUCUGCCAUAGUCUGAUAUUUACAAUUUUUAUACAUUUUUAUCGUAGUGUUUCGGCUGGGAAUGUAUGUUGGUUUGUUCUUAAGUUAGUACUUUUAUGUGUAAAAUAUAAAUAGUAUUAUGCAAUGUUCUAAAUUGUCUAUUUAAUAUAUGUAUUUAUUAGUCACAA